AUGGUGUGUCAGGAUGUGACUCCAACAGAUCGACCACCAGAGGAGACGAAGGGUGACGUUUAUGUGAACCCUUGUGUUAUUGUUGUUAUUUUGUCGUCUUUCACUAGUACUUUUGAUAAAAAGUUUUGCGUGAUUGGAGAUGGUGAGGUUUUGUUGAUGAUUCAAAGACUACAAGGCCAGUUAUUAUUGGAUGAUGACAAAAUGUUGUACCCUAUAGAAGACAAUAUGGGGGAGGUUUCACAAAGAAAUAUUCUUGGUGGUUGCGAUCAAACACGAAAAGUUGGUUCGUGUGGCGAAUCUAACUUUUUUAUUGGCUACAGACAACCGAUGUUGUUAUUGGUUCUUCGUUUGUUAUUGAAGAACAUAAGGAGACAUGGGGUGAAGUUGGUGAUGAAAGAACGGAGAAGGAUGGUGUCUAUUCUGUUACAAACCAUCUUCCAAAAAGCAAAAAAGGAGUGA